UUAAAACAACUAUUUGAAUGCAUUUUGUAUCUGUAUUGUGUAACAAAUAAGUACUUUUAAUUGUCACGUUGUGCCUUUUACGUUAACUUUCGGUUUUCUUGCCUUGAGGAAAGCCAGAGAGUUUCUUAAAAGCAUUGUUUGAUGGGUACAGCGGUGGACACUGGAGAAGUCAUCAUCAUCCUCAGUGACGAUGAAGAUGCUGAAGAAAACAUCUCGUUCAGUGAUCAGUCGGUUGUCCUCGUGGAGGUGGAGGACGUGAAGAAGAGUGACUCUGCUGUAGCUCCCGUUGCUCUGGAUGAGGACCUGGUCAUCACCUUCUCCCGCCGCGCGGAGGUCCUCCCCCACGCACGCUACGACUGUCCCAUACACGUCUUCACGGUGACGGACGAGAUCGGUGCUCCUGCGGCCGGUAACCAGCUCAUGUGCGAUCAGUGCUUCUGCUACAUCUGUGACAAGCUGGCGUCAUUGUGUGAAAUGUGGUGCUGCAGCGGACUUUGUCACUGCAACAGCCACAAGAAGAGCGACUUCUGGAACAACCUCAGAAACAGCUUGCUGCUGGGAGGACUCCAGCGCUUCAACCUGACUCUGUCGGAAUUAGAUUCCCACCUCCGGCACGCAGAGACGAUGCUGCAGAGCUUCAAACUGAGGCUCUCUGCAAAGUUUGCGUCCUUCUUGAGAGGAGAGACUUGCGGUCCGAGCGACUGGAACCCGAAAGGCCUCGUCUUCAACUACACACCCGUGUACGAGUUUGUGUCGUCGUUCCUGAACGAAGCCGAUCAGCAGGAGGGCAGAGCUGCAGCCGUCCUCAGACUGGGAGCCGCAGAGGUCUUCAUACGACAUUUUCAAGUCUCGGGGUCUUACAUCUCACACUCGCCUACUGCUAAUGCUGUUGAAGGCAGACUAGUGUUACUGCAGAGGGUAAUAGCGUCCGUGCAGAGACAGAUGGUGAUGAGCAGUUUGACCCCAGAGUUCAUCCACAAAUUGCAGGAAUUUUACCAGAAGUUAUUUUUCCCUCCUGAGCUGAGGCACAUGAAGAGCAGCCUGUGUGUCCGUCCCUGGGACGACGUGCUGCUGGUGUCCGUGCUGAAGGGGCAGAACGUGUCGGGGGUCCGCAAAGACAAAGGCAAGAAGGACCUCCUGAUAGAACAGAUCGCUGUGGUUCUGUUGAGGACGGAACUACUGCAGCAGCAGCACAGGUACAGAGAACUGGUUCGCUACCUACGGGUCGUCGAGAGCGAUGAUUCCAAACUCCUCCAGCAGGUCCGUGACCUCAUCCCGUUCUUCUUCUGCCUGGACGGGUCCUUGCCGGGCGGCCUGCACAGUCUGUUCCCCGCGGUGAACGCCCCCGCCGCGCGCCUCACCCCGCGCCUCUUCCUCUUCUACCUCCGCCUCUUCACCACGGCGACGGCGCCGCCGCUGGCCACGGUGCGGGUCAGCGGGUCGGCACAGGUGUGCUUCUCCGACGCGGCGUGGCAGCCGAUGAAAGAUGCUGUGCCCCUUCCAGCCGACGUGGUGGUGAGGUUCGCCCUCCGGGUGCAGAGGUGCUGCCCGGCCGUCUUCGCCGACUCUCAGUGUUGGGUCAGUUUACUCCAAGUCGUCAACCCGCCCGCCGCCGUCCCAGAACCACCUUUAAAGUUUCUACACGAAGCGAAGGACGUCGUCGGUUCGAUUCUGCUCGACCAGCGCGGCUCCAACGUACAGAUCCCGCGUUCCUUUCAGGAGGUGUACCCGGAUCAGGCUUUGCUGCUGCUGGUAACGGCGGCGCUGGGUCAGAGGAUCCUGCGUGCCGCUCUGAGUCCGGCCCUCCCCGUCCUCAACACGCUCAAGGGUAACCUGUGGGCUCUCGGGUGGCUGUGGGACAGUCUGUCCUCGAGCCCGGAGCGGCUGGGGUCCUUCUCCCAGGAGCUGUCGCAAGAGGCGGGAGCCGCGACAGAUGGGGAUAACGUUUUAGGCUUCCUUCGCUCCCGUGCAUCCGCUCCGUCUUCUUGAACAGAGACCCGGGGACCAGUGAGUGUGAUUUAAUUCAUUCAACGAAACAAAAGACACCAAAGAAACCUCAUUGUGGACGUUUCCUUUGUCACUGGGCUGUGGGUCUGUUCAGCAGCGGCUUGUGAGUCGCCGUCACAUGUGGCGAUGCCUCACAGUGUCUUCUAGUAGUGUCAGCUGUAGGUCAACCACAGCCGCCUAUCAGCUGUUUCAGCCACUUUUUAUUUUUUUCAAAAUGCACAUAAAGUCUGGAGUGUUUUUUUUUUUCCCCCUCCUGUGUUGGUUGUACAUUUUGAACUGUGAAUUCUUAGUAUUUGUCACUAAAAACGCAUCAUGUGAAACCUCGAGGACGUACAAAUGUGUUGAAUGCAUUAUUUGUCUUUCACGUGUCCACCGCCGGCUGCUAACGUGUAACAUGUGUUUUUAGAUGUGUUUUCUAGUGUGAGCAGCAAAGAAGACGCACUUUCACUUUUCACUUCUCCGCCACCACUUUAGAUUUAACCCGUUUAACUCCCAGAGCGCAGACACACACACACACACACACAAACCGCACAAUAGUGGUAUGAAAUAGCCUUCAAACUAUUGUGUUCAGCACUAGCUUAAUAGUGAAUGAAAUUACUUAAAUAUCAUCACAUCUCAAUGGAUCAGCUGUUCCUUAUUUUGUCAUUUUUCUUCCAUACAUUUUGAUAUAAAACCUGUUUUUUUUUUUCCUCUCAGCCAAAGAUUAAUUUUCAUGUCAUUUGUGCACCGUGUCAGCAUUUUUAAUUUUUAAAUGUAUUUUUCCAGAGAAGCUGUUCUGCUGUAACAGCCUCAGCCUUGUUUCUCUAAUAAUUAAAGAUGGUUCUAGUAAUGGUAGUAAAAGUGUCUUCUUUGCG